CACACGAACGAAGCACUCACUCGAGCACGGUUAUACUCCUGGAAUCGUGCAAUUAGUCAGAUGGCGAGCGGCAGCGGGAAGGCGACGGCCUCGUCCUGGGCGGCGGCGAUGAGCGUGGGCGCGGGCACGGUGGAGGCGAUCACGGAGCGGCACGCCGGGCUGUGCCGCUGGAACCACCAGGCGCUCCCGUGUGUCUUCCAGCAGCGCGCCGGCACCUCGGCCGCCGGGAACGGCGCCUGCGGCAAGGGCAAGGCGGCGACCACUGCCGGUGGAGCAACGGCGAGGCAGGAGCAGGAAGAGGAGCUCCGGACUGUGAUGUACCUCAGCAACUGGGGACCCAACAACUAACUAGCCGAUUAGUCAUCAGUUACAGUGCUCUAGAUCUUCAAAGAUGGCUAGACUGGUUCGUGCUAGCUGCACCAGUUCGUGCGUGUAAGGAUGAUGUGAUCUGAGCACGCAUAUUCACUCUCGAGCUCGUGUAAGAGUAAGACACGGUAGCGUGCAUAGUACUACUUCCAUGAUCCGGAAGGAUUUCAGAAAGAAAAGCAUAAAUGGACGUCCCUUCCGGCCUCCUCCAGGCUCAACUAACUGCAAUGUCCAAACGGUCGCUCUGAAUUUGCAGCAUCGAGCGUUUAGGCCUUGGUACAGUUCAUCGCCGUUACAAGUUAGUCAGUCAUAUGCCCAGGGAAAACAGUGUCAAUUCUGCUGCAAAAAAAGGCAUAUCCCGACUAUUGCAGUCGAUGCUG